CGUAUUCGCCCGCCAUUCUCCCAGUCGCCAUCUUGAGCAUAUGAUCAUUGUUGUGAAGCUUGUACACAAAUCGUGUUAAGAAUUGAGAAAUUAUAAUAAAAUUCAUUAAAAGCAAAACAUGGCUCGUACAAAGCAAACUGCUCGUAAAUCAACCGGAGGAAAAGCACCUCGUAAACAGUUGGCCACAAAAGCUGCUCGUAAAUCAGCACCCAGUACUGGUGGAGUUAAGAAACCUCAUCGUUAUCGUCCUGGUACAGUAGCUCUUCGUGAAAUCCGUCGUUACCAGAAGUCAACUGAGUUGCUUAUUCGUAAGCUGCCUUUCCAACGAUUGGUGAGAGAAAUCGCUCAAGACUUCAAAACCGACCUUCGUUUCCAGUCGGCCGCUAUUGGCGCUCUGCAGGAAGCAAGUGAGGCAUAUCUGGUGGGCCUGUUCGAAGACACCAACUUGUGCGCGAUCCAUGCAAAACGCGUUACUAUCAUGCCUAAAGACAUCCAACUCGCUCGGCGAAUUCGUGGCGAGCGUGCCUAAGUUAGUCUUAGUGUAUGUACUUUAUCAUAAAUUAUUUGUAAUUCAAA